AUGGUUAUUCUCAAACUAUUACCAUUGCUACUAUAUAUUGGCAUUUCUGCUGCAUAUGCCGCCCAGCAAGCACCUGAUAUUGUUGGUCCCAGGCAACGGACUCAUAGAGUCAAAAUCCUCCCACCCUCGUCUGUUCAUGAAUCGAAACCCAACCAGUUAUUUAAACGCCAAGAUGCACGUUCAAGUGUGUUUAUGGAAGACGCUUUAAAAGGUGCACAGGCAUGGAAGAAAUACCAAUCUACGCUAUCAUCGGGGCGCAUUGGCAGCACAUCGGUGGAAGUUCCACUGGUCCUUAAUGAUGAGCAUACUGGAAUUGGCUGGGAGAUAAAUGCGAAGGGAUAUAGUGUCCCGGUAGCAGUGAAAAAUAGACCAGGAUGGAGGUACUGGAAGACAGAGUCCCCUGUUGAUAAUGAGUUGUUGAUUACCCUCGCCCGUACCAUAGGGGUGCGAGCACAUGAUCUUGACUUACAAGAAGUCACUGCCAAUGAUUGGGCACAGCCAAAAUUUCAACAAACUGCUUCUUUCGAUUGCAACAGAGGAAUUGCGAUUGUCUCACUCAGCUACUUUGAAGUCUCUGUCGUCAAUGAGGAUGACGAGAUACACACUAUACGCUCUCAAUAUAGGUGGUCAGAUGUGAUAUGGGCAUUGUGGUCAGCUGUGUGUCCGCAUCAGAAAGCAAACUUGAAAUACUUCGUCCGGGAUAGUAUAGGGAAUGGCGUGAGCAGAUCAGUAAUGAGAGAAGCGGCUACCGCUGCCGGCCACUAUAACAAGGAUGAUUUAUCUGUUAAUAACAACCAAGCGACAACAUGGACUACGACCAAGUUAGAGAUGCCGAUUGAUGAAGAAAAUUUUCAUAGCUGCGAUGCAGCUGCAGGAGACUGUGACUUUUACGCUGUGGUCCACACCCCAAAUGCGAUUGGGAUACUUUACCUUGCGAUGGCCCACGCCAAUGAGCUAGCAUGCACCAGUGUCGCAAAGAUUACAGGCAUCAGCUUCUAUGUCAACGAGGAUGAGGGAGAUAGCGAGGACAAGGGAGAAGACGAGGACGAGGGAGAUGACGAAGACAUGGAUAGUAACGAUGGUGAUGCUAUGGAGAGUGAGACAGAAAGCGAGGAUAUCGUAUGGUAUUCGGUUAUUGAGUUGGAAGAAUUUUGUGGAUCUUAG